AAGAACAGAAGUGGAAAGCCUUACUUACCAGUUUAUUAUAUGUUUCAUGCCCAUGAUAAUUACUUUUAUAAUGCCACUCAUGAAUACAUUGAUCAGAUUAGGAUGAAUCACCUGGCUGGCCAAUAGCUAUUGGAAUGACUCUCCAUGCAUGACUUGGUUGUGUUAUUACAAAACGUGGAAGAAUAGACCUGCCUAGCUGUUGCGGCAGAUGUUCAUUUGUCAUGCUGUCUUAAGGAGAUGAAGAGAUGAGAGCAAACUGUUCCAGCAGCUCAGCCUGCCCUGCUAACAGUUCGGAGGAGGAGUUGCCCGUGGGACUGGAGGUACAUGGGAACCUGGAACUUGUUUUCACAGUGGUGACGGCUGUGAUGAUGGGCCUGCUCAUGUUCUCCUUGGGAUGCUCUGUGGAGUUCCGGAAGCUAUGGUUGCACAUCAGGAGACCCUGGGGCAUUGCUGUAGGAUUGCUCUGCCAGUUUGGCCUCAUGCCUCUUACGGCCUAUCUCCUGGCCAUCAGCUUCUCUCUGAAGCCAGCCCAAGCCGUUGCUGUUCUCGUCAUGGGGUGCUGCCCAGGGGGAACCAUCUCAAACAUUUUCACCUUCUGGGUCGAUGGAGAUAUGGAUCUCAGCAUCACUAUGACGACUUGUUCCACUGUGGCUGCCCUGGGAAUGAUGCCGCUCUGCCUGUAUCUCUACACCUUGUCCUGGAAUCUUGAGCAGAAUCUCACCAUUCCAUAUCAGAAUAUAGGAAUCACCCUUGUGUGCCUGACCAUCCCUGUGGCCUUUGGUAUCUAUGUGAACUAUAGGUGGCCCAAGCAAUCCAAAAUCAUUCUCAAGAUUGGGGCCAUUGUUGGUGGGGUCCUCCUUUUGGUGGUCGCAGUUGCUGGUGUGGUGUUGGCAAAAGGAUCUUGGAAUUCAGACAUCACUCUUCUGACCAUCAGUUUCAUCUUCCCUUUGAUUGGCCAUGUCACGGGCUUUCUGCUGGCACUUCUUACCCACCAAUCUUGGCAGAGAUGCAGGACAAUUUCCUUAGAAACUGGAGCUCAGAAUAUUCAGAUGUGCGUCACCAUGCUCCAGUUAUCUUUCACUGCCAAGCAGUUGGUCCAGAUGCUUAGCUUCCCACUGGCCUAUGGACUCUUCCAGCUGUUGGAUGGAUUUCUCAUUGUUGCAGCAUACAAGAUGUACAAGAGGAGAUUGAAGAAUGAACACAGAAAAAAGAACACACGUUGUGAAGAAGGCUGCCAUAACAAGAAAUCCACUUCUCCCAAAGAGACUGGUGCUUUUUUGGAGGUGAAUGAGGAAGUCACCAUAACUUCUGGGCCAUCAAUGCCGAUGGAUCUCCAUACAACCCUUGAGCCAACUGGCCACAUCUCUUCUGGUACCUAGUAAGGGUUGCUGGCCUGACUGGUCUCCGUCUUCCUCAGUGGCCAGUAAAGACAGUGCAGAACUGAUGUUUGGAUCUCAUUGGCAGGGCCUAUGGGAAUAUUGGAUAUUUAUAUUUUCAUGUGGUUUGUGAACUGUCAUAGGAUCCAUUUUUGAGAAUGUAUUCUGCCUAUUUCCGGGAGUCUUUUGGGGGUUUGCACAAUAUAUUUACUAGCUGCUGCUGUGUGUUCUUGUCUUCCCACGUAGUGAAGAGUAACACUGUUAUGCAAAGUCAUCCUGGAUCUUAAUUUUCCUGAGACAUAGGACUCUGUAGAGGAGAUUCCACUGCCUGCUGCAGGGAAAGAACAGAGUCUGGACCCACUUGAUUUUUGGACAGGUUCUUUGGAGAACUGGGGAGGAAGCAUACAGUUCCCAUAAAAAAUGAGGCCAUUUCUCAAAUAAUAAUUUUUUUUAGGGCUUGGAAAUCUUUUUGGACUGGAGAUGCAAAAUAAGUUUAGAGGGAAUUUAACGACCACUUGUGGUUAAAAUGUGAAUGCCCCAUAUUUUCAGUCCCUAAUGAUAGGUACAAUAUAUAAACACUUUUUGCUUAUAUAUCAUUUUAAGAAACAUUCCAUAGAUUGAGAUCAUUCCAUAUGUACUAUUUCAUAAAUCAAUGACGCAUUAUGCAGCAUCUUUACAUGUCAGUCAUUGUUGACCUACCUCAUUCUUUAGAACCGUGGCUUCAUAGAAGUGUUCCAUUGCAUAGAAGUACUGUAAUUUAUUUAACCAUUCCUUAUUUGUGGACAUUUAGAUAGCUUUCAACCCACUGGUAUUCCAAUGCUGCUACGAACACCCGUACUGCUGUGCGAGCGUUUUUGGAGGAUUACUUCCUAUGACUUGAACAGCCAGGCCAGGUGCAUAUUAAGAUAUUGGUCAGGCUGCUCUCUGGUGAUGUAAGAAGUGACUGAGUGGGCCUGGCUUUCCCAUGGUUGCACCAGUCUAAAGAAUGAUCAGUUCUGAUUUGUGAAAAUAUCUCAUUUACAAUUGCGUUUAAAAAAUGGUAAGUGAAUUAGAGUAUUUUCCAUGAUCACUUGCCUAUUCAGGUCCUUUGCCUGCCUUACUAUUAUAAUUUUUCCUUUUCGAUUGAUAACAUUGUAGCACAUCAUGGAUAGUGACACCUUGUCCUAUUAUGUCAACAUUUUGCCUACUUUUAAUCUUUUAGCUUUUGUUUUUCUAUGUCUUUUGCUGUAUGGAAGUUUUAUAUUUUUUUAUAUAUUUAGUUUAUUAGUCUAUUGAAAAAUGUUUUUUGACCUUGGUAUCUGUCAAAUGUUCUAUUUUUGUGUGGAUUGUGAAUUAUGAUAGUAUUUCUUUUUGAGAAUGUAUUUAGCCCCUUUGCAAGGUGUUCUAUUUGGGGGUAUUUACCAUCUGCUGUGUGUGCUGUCUGGGAGUAGGUAAAACCCUUCUUCCUCUAUUCUGACAUUAUUAAAAACAUUUCCCAAAUAUUUUUUUAUUACUUGUAUGAGCUAAACAUGUUUAUUCCAUUUUGAAUUUACGUUUUUGUAUGGUGUGUUAAGAAUCUACCUUUUUUUUAUGACUAACGACUCCAACAUCAUAUAUUGAACCAUUCAUCUUUUCUCCACUGAUUCGAAAUGCCACCUUUCUCACAUAAUUUCCUAUAUAAUGUGUGUUUGUUGGGGCUGUAUUUAGUUCCAUUUUUCUCUGUCUAUUCUUAUUUGUAAGGUUUGAAAUGUGUGAGAAAGUAUAUUGUCUGAGAUUUAGUGCUUGGCAAUUUUAUUUUGUAAGCAUUCCCCAGGGCCUGUAGGUUAAUAUAAUGAUAACGAUUAUUAAGGUAUUCUCAUGACAAUUAAGAACAUCUUUAAAAAAUUUUUUUUAAACCUUUAUUUAUUUUUGAGACAGAAAGAGACAGAGCACGAGUGAGGGAGGGGCAGAGACAGAGGGAGACACAGAAUCUACAGCAGGCUCCAGGCUCUGAGCUGUCAGCACAGAGCCCGAUGCGGGGCUCAAACUCACAGACCAUGAGACCAUGACCUGAGGCCAAGUCAGAUGCUCAACCGACUGAGCCACCGAGGUGCCCCAAGACCAUCUUUGUGGUAGUACAGAAAGAGCCUCAGUAAGUGUCACAGGUAUAUUUAUACGGAAAAGAACUAUGCAGACUGUGACAUGUUUAAUUCUCAACUGCUGCUUUACUACGUGAGGAUUUCCAUUUAUCCACCUGAUAAAUGUUUAGGUGUUGAGAAGCUAGUCUGUGCUGUGUACAGGCACUUGGGACAUGGGGCAGUAACGAGGCAGGAAGGUUUCCUGCUGGCAUGGUUCACACUUUAGUGGGACUAGAUCCCUGCAAUGAACACAGUCAGUGGAGUUGGGCAUUCACAGAGAUUCCCUGUCCUAAAACGAGCAUUAACAUGAAUUUUAAAGAAUCCAUAGACAAUGAAUUUGUAAAUUGUUUCUCUACCUAGGCACCUAACACAAAGUGGUGAAAUCCAAUGCUCUGUUCUGAAAGCAUUAAGUACGUGGUCAGUAUUUACAAUGGUCAGGACUGGUAUGGGGAUAAGACCACCAAAAGCCAUCACUUAAGACAGACAUGACACAAAUCAAUGUAAGGGUCUGAAAGUAGUCCCAUCAGAAGACUGCCAUCUCCAGAAACGGUUUGUAAACGUGUCACUGAGAACUGGAAACGGUCAUGUUGUCCUGGAGGCUACAGUUAUCUUUAGCAUGAAGAAUGUAACUAAACAAAAUAAAAAAAAAUAAAAAAAGGUUUUAACUGAAUAAA